AUGGCUUCAGUUUUUGAUCAAUUAAAACAAUGGACCACUAUCGUUACUGAUUCGGAUGACUUUGAGUACUUAGUCUUUGAAAUUCUUAAAAUUAUUCCAGGCAAUAUAUCAGUAGAAGUGGACGCAAUCCUUUCUUUUGACACUGAGGCAACGGUCGCUAAAGCUAAACAUCUAAUUGCUCUUUGCGAAGAAGUUGAAGGAAUUCAAGCUGCUAAAAUACUUGAAAAUGAAGGAAUUCAAUGUAAUAUGAUCCAUCUUUUCUCUUUUACUCAGGCUAUUGCUUGUGCCGAAGCUGGUGUAUCUCUAAUAUCUCCAUAUAUUAGCCGAAUGCUUGAUUGGUAUAUGAAAAAUACUAACAAGACUUAUAAAUCAAACGAAAAUCCUGGUGUUUUAUUUGUAUCCGAAGUUUAUAAAUAUUACAAAAAAUUUGGUUACAAAACCAUUGUAAUGGGUGAGAGCUUCCUUAAUACGGGUGAAAUUGAAGAAUUAUCUGGUUGUGACGAUUCAAAGUCAAUUACGACAAAAAUUCUUUUAAAUAGAAAUCCUAUGGCUACUGGAAAAUUGGAUGAAGGUAUUAGGUCAUUUGCUAAAGACAAUAAAACUUUACAUUUAAUUUUAAAGCAACGUUUGACUAAUGAAGAUCAGAAAAUUUUUGAAAGAAUUUCUGAAAAUUUCCGAGUUUUUGUUUUAUAA